AUGACCGAUUAUCUUGGUUACAACGCCAAGGGAGCUGAGCUCCCAAAUCGGAAGUACGAUGGGUUUAUUGAUGACCCUGCUCCAUGCAUGUGUGCGUGUGAUGCUACUGGGGUUUGUAGAAAUAAAGACGAGGAUGCCGCUCAUCUUUGUCACUGUGGGACGAUGAGCCAGCCCUCUGCAGCUACACAAGGUAAAAGAGACAACGCGGGCAAAACGUUUCUACUAUCAACAAUAGACGGGUGUACGAUGGCAGGCGACCCAGACAUCAGGGUAUACGUACAGAUCUCCACGGACAGCGCAAUCCCAGCUCACGUCACAAUUACGUCACCUCUACUGCAAUCUAGAUACCGCCCGCACUUGGCUCGGGAUGUUCUACAGAGAGGCAAGCCAUUUACCUUUCACCUUCCAACCGAGUUGUUCUGCACGGAUUUAGAGAAGGCCGUGAACGAUAGCAUAUUAGUUUUGAGCACACGGGAUGUUUCUGUGUCUGUGAUCAUUCAGGGCCCAGAUGUGGCCGGAGGGUAUCUGGCCAUACCUUGUGAUGCUUGGGGGCAAGAGUAUAUGGCGGCGUGUGGCGAGUACCCAACUUAUCCUAACCGUCAUCACGAAUUUGUUGUUUUAGCCAUACAUGAUAAUUCGAAAGUCCGCAUCCAAAUACCGCAGCAUACACCACAGCUGCCUUCAUUCCAAUUUGAAGGCAGACACUACGCUGGUCACGAGUCAUUGGAAAUCGAGCUUUCGAGAUAUCAAACGUUCCACUUGUAUCAAUUGACACGACCACUGACAAGUGCAUAUAUCGUCUCGGACAAACCCGUUGGACUUAUAUGCGGUUCGAGGGUUAUUCCAUUGGCGGAGAGAAGUCCCGGCUUGUCUCAUGAUAUGAUGAUUGAAAUGAUGCCACCAAUUUCAACGUGGGGACAGACUUACGUGUUCUUUCUACCCAGCACGCUCCCUGAUGCAACUGGCAUGGAAUUGGCGUUACUGUCCCCUCGGUCCAAAACAUCUGUACUUGUGUCUGAUGCAACCGCCACUUACGAAAUACAAGUAUACGAAUAUCCACAGCGAGGAAUACUUAUUCUGCCACUUGAAUUCGACGUAACUGACGAUAUGGGAGUUUUGAUAAAGGUUUCGGGUGGAAAUGACCCGGGGCUUGUAGUUCUAGGAGGAAGUCAGGGUGUUUACAAACGUGAAUCUCAAAAAGGGGGGCGUCAUCUGCAUGUUCUUACGUCUCUCCAGCAGUCCCCUUCCCGGUCAACGUUCGUAGCAGGACAGCUUGAAAGUCGCUUGGAAUUGAAGUCGACGCCAUACGCACAGCACUUCGUGAAGACCGAUAACAUGACACUGGAUGCCAGCGUUUGGCGUGGUUUUCCAGAAAAUCUUUUGAACCCGGCUGAGUGUGUGAUAAACCCGGGGGUCCACACGCUCUCUAAUGAGAUGCCACAAGAAAGCGUAGAGGGAACAGUGUAUGGCACAGGAAAACGGAUUGAAUAUGCAUUUGCUGUUGGAGCACUCUAUCAAGAAACCCAUAUUGACGGAGCGGCCAAAAAGACAAUCACGCACAGACAGCUCAAGGACUAUGUCCGGCGAGUGACCAGUGGUCUGGCGAGGGCAGGGCUGAGGAAGGGUGACGUGUUUUGUAUUUAUACACCUAACUGCCCAGAGUACAUUAUAACCUACCUGGCCGUGAUCAGUGCAGGGGGAAGCUUUACCACAGUCAACCCCGUGUACACAUCGUAUGAACUGGAUACACAGUUAAAGAAUUCCCAAGCAAAGUACAUUCUCACCAUACCCAGCCUAGUGAAGAAUGCACAGGUCGCCGCCGGACACAGCGGGAACGUUAAAGAAAUCUUUGUUAUCGGGGAGGCGCCAAACUGUCGCUCGUUCUCAGAGUUGAUGAACGACCCUGGGGACGCGUACCCCACCAACCUAACUUUCAAUCCCAUGGAAGACGUGUGUGCCAUACUGUACUCUAGCGGCACUACAGGGCUACCCAAAGGAGUGAUGUUGACACAUUACAGCGUCGUGGCUAAUAUUUUACAAAUGCAAGGCAAUGCCAUAGUCCGCCCCCCGGGAUCAGACAGAUCGAUGUCCGUAUUGCCACAAUUCCACACAUAUGGUCUCCACUCCGUGUGUAUGUGGUUAUACACUGGGCAGUGCAUGGUCAUCUUGCCUCGCUUCGAGCCCGAGUUAUACCUCAGUUGCAUUCAGGAAUACAAGGUCACAUUCCUACCCCUCGUGCCGCCUUUGGUGUUAUUCCUGGCGAACCAUCCCCUGACGGAGAAAUACGACCUCUCCAGCGUCAUGGCCGGAAGCAGUGGUGCAGCCGCCCUCAGCGCGAAUUUGGCGGAGAAAGUCCAAGAAAAGAUUCCAAAUUUACUACUUAGACAAGGUUAUGGCUUGACGGAGUGCAGUGUUGCAGCACUUGUGGCAGGCUUGGAGUGGAAAGUGGGUUCUGUCGGCACACUCCUACCUAACACAGAGGCAAAAAUAAUCGACCUGAAGACGGGGCAGCCCCUGGGCGUGAACCAGGAAGGUGAACUCUGUAUUCGUGGACCACAGAUUAUGAAGGGUUACCUGAACAACCCGGAAGCUACCAAGAACACAAUCGACAAUGAAGGCUGGUUACAUACCGGUGACGUCGGCAGAUACGACGAGGAUCAACAUUUCUGGCUCGUGGAUAGGGUGAAAGAACUCAUCAAGUAUAAGGGUUUUCAGGUUCCUCCAGCCGAACUGGAGAACGUGUUGCUCUCUCACCCAGCUGUGACCGAUACCGCGGUCAUUGGGUUGCCAGAUCAGGCAGCAGGGGAGAUCCCUAGGGCCUACGUAGUGCCCGUGCCUGGGUCGAGCGUCACCGUAGACGACAUAGAGAAAUUUGUUAGCGAAAGGGUAGCACCAUAUAAAAAGCUUCGUGGAGGUGUCGUGUUCAUAGAUCGUAUUCCAAAGUCUCAGAGCGGAAAAAUUCUCCGCAGGGAGCUAAAACACCAUGCCAUGGAUGAAUUAAAGGCCAAGCUGUAAACGUUUUCUUCACCGGUAACGCCAAAAUUCGUGAUUGGGAUGUAAUAAAAAAAUUUUCAUUUUGAUCGAAGUCAUAAUCCAACGUGAUGUACUUAGACGUUUUUCUUUUCAUAAUACCCUCGUUUGCGGUCCGUAUUUUGUGCAUUCCCCAUACUUCUUUUUGUGCAUGCUCUGAAGAAAACCAAAGACAUGAUUUUUUUUUUGUUUUUAGAAGAGUAAAACUCUAUUGAAUCAGUCAGUUGAUUUUUGAACAGAAAGGCUUGUUUUUCUUUAAAGGCGCGCACACAUUACAGUACAAGGUGCUCUACUUUGAUACAGAUAGCGUUCUUCUUGAUUAACUUUACAGCAAAACGCGAAAAUAU